UGGCUCGUGCCGGAGAACAGUGGAAAGGGAUCAUUCAGGCAUGAUAAGUACUUUGUUCACAUUGUUUCAUCCAAGUGUUGGAAACAUACUGUCACGAGGUGUCUUUGUGAAAGAGGAGAAGUUCCUAUACUUACAACUAGUGACACUUUGUUGGCCGAAGACUCCUUCUGAUUGUGUCCUGAGAUGAGAAAUUCGAAACUUGAUUUUUGAUAGAAUAAGAUCUUACUUCAUGGAGUGGGUUCGUGUUGCGAAGAGUGGAGUUUUGCAUUAGUGAAUCGAUAAUCUGUGCUUGUUUCGUGGAUUUUUGCAAGUUUUUUGGAGACACCUGACAAGAUGAAUUGCGCUUAUCAGUAUCCACAACCACAUCCUCAAAAUACGAUGAUCAUGACGAGUGUUCCCCAACAGGGACAUCAUUCAACGGAUACUGAGUAUCUUGAGGAUCAUCCCGGACUUAGGGGUACACCUCUAGCGAUGCUGGCAGCGCAAUGCAACAAACUGAGCAGCAAGAGCCCCCCGCCGUUGGCAGACGCAGCGGUAGGGAAGGGUUUUCACCCCUGGAAAAAGAGUCCGCAGAGCAGCGGGAGUUCACCGCAGCACACUGGCGGAAGUGGCUCCGGAUGCACAACUACUGGUGUCACGCAGAGACCUACAGCUACCAGCAGCGCCGGAAGCACCGGUGGUUAUGCCAGAGCACCAGUGACGUCCUGCGCCUCAACGGCGCCACAAUACGGUAGCGAUCUCUACUUCCCGGGCACGGCGAGUGCUCAACCUGCUAGUGACCCACAUCACCAUCAGAGCAGUAUCCUCGGCAAGGUCGAAGGGGCCACCUUGGGUUCAGUCUACGGAAGACAUCCCUACGAAUCCUGGCCUUUUAACACUAUGACAGGUGCCACGCAUGGGGGAAUUAAAGCCGGCGAUGGCUGGUGGGAUGUUCAUGGAGCAGCUACUGGUGGUUGGUUAGACGUGAGUGGAACCGUGGGCGUUGGAGUACAUGCUGCUCAAAUGGCUAACUAUUCAGCUGACUACUCGAGCCUAGCCCUAGCUGGUAAUCACCUACUCACGUCUGCAACCUCCGGACACAAUCUCCUUCAAGACACCUACAAAUCUAUGUUACCGGGUGGACCGCCUGGUUUCGGACUACAUCAUCAUGCAGCUGCGGGCGGAGGUGGUGCUGGUAGUCCUCAAGGUGGCGGAACUGGUGGUGGCAAUGUCAGUCAAGCCCCUUCGCCCCGCUCCCAGAGACGGUACACCGGCAGAGCAACCUGCGACUGCCCUAACUGCCAAGAAGCUGAGCGACUGGGACCCGCUGGCGUUCACCUUCGGAAGAAGAACAUCCACAGCUGCCACAUUCCUGGUUGCGGCAAGGUCUACGGGAAGACGUCUCAUCUUAAGGCCCACUUGCGGUGGCAUACUGCGGCACCUUCGAACCCACACCGGCGAAAAGAGAUUCGCCUGCCCGGUCUGCAACAAGCGGUUCAUGCGCAGCGAUCAUCUCGCGAAGCACGUCAAGACGCACAGCAGCAGCAGCAGCAGCGGCAGCAAGGGCAAGGGGGGAGCGGGGAGCUCGUCGGCCGAGUCCUGCUCCGACAGCGAGGACAACGGGAGUCAGCAGAGUCCCACUUCCAGCUCGGUACCACCGCCUCCGCCACCGGCUCAGGGUCCGCAGGCCCUGGGGGCGGGAGCGGGACAGGACACCAACACCCAGACCAACACCAACAGUCUGUCGCAUCAGCCGACAACGCCCAUGACCCCAAUGCAGAUGACCCCGCCACCUCUAACCCCACACCAUCCCCACCACCCGCAUCUCCCGCCUCUAAUGCACCAUCCUCAUCAUCACGCAUCCGUACCACACCAUCAUCCACACGCGGGGAUGAGCAUGCACUGAGCCCGGUGGGGCCCGGAUCCGGUGGCUGCAAUAACGGUUCAACGGCACUGGGCUCCCCCCUAUCCUACCCCCUAAACCUUAACAUGAUGCAUCAACAACAAAAUCACUCACUCAAUUCUCCUUCCCAGUCCCAUCUUCACAAUCAUCAUCAGCAUCAAUCCCAUCAUCAUUCCCAUCAACACCAGCACCAUCAUCAGCAAUCGCGUCAAAACAAUUCCUAUACGGUAUCGCAAAAUCCCGGUAAUCCUGGCACUCCAGGGACCGCGCAGACUCCCUCACCCUCGUCCCCGGCGCCUGUACAUAGUCUCUAGGCCGAAAUCUCCCCGUGCUACCCCAGCACUCUAAUGUACGAAUCACCGAUCGUUAACGUGUAAAUACUUAUACAUAGUGAGCGCGAGAGAGUACGAAAUGAUAUUAUAUUGAAGCGAUCAUAUAAUAUUGUAUAAAGGAUAAAAAUAGAGAGAAAGGUUAUACACAUCCCUGUGCACGCAGACACAGAUACACUUAAACCUCCCGUCCAAAGUCAAAAAGCUUAUUUACACCAGCAACAAUUUUUGCUACGGUAGCUUUACAUCUCGGCAAGUUUUAUCAUGGUAGCUUUCUAUGAUACCACUUUCUACCAUGGUACAGUAUUGCCAAGUUUCUGCACUUUAAAUAAUCUUAGUAAUUCUGCACCCUAGCGGAACUUUACAUGAUGGAAACCCAUCUUAGACAUUUUUGCAACCAGUUUCUGCUCAUGGCAGCCUUAGAGAAUUUAAUAAAACUUGCCCAGACGUAAACCCAUCGUGGCUUUUGUAACGUCGCAGUUUCUGCAGCAGUGUAAAAAGGCGCAAAAUCUUUCGUGAAGACAUUUGCGUUUGUAAUUCAAAAGAAAUACAUCCUUUUGAAACAGGAAAUCUCUAAUUUUAGAGGAGAACUCUCCUGCUUCAAGAGAGUGACCCACAAUCGCAAAUGUCUCUUUCAUCUAGGAGACCAAUAGAGAUCCAGAAAUCAAUGUUUUAGAAUCAAAGUGCAGUAGUUUGGUUUUGAAAAUUUACUAUUCGAAAAAUUCUUAUCGUGGGUUUUCAAUAAAAAAUCUACUAGUAUUCAUUCCAAACUUUGUAUCUCUAUUUUUCUUACAGUAGAUUUGAAAAUUGGACAGGAUGUUGUACCAUACACCGACUACGUUCCCCCGGAAGUCCCCACGCGAACACCGGAAAUACGAUCGUCGGUCAAGUUACAAACGUUCGACUCGAUGCGAAUCCAAUAUCUCUCGAGUCAGUUAUCAGUAUCAAUUCGACUGAAUUAAUGUUUCAAUAAUUUCCUCGAGUCUGGCGUUUGAAACUUGGACUCGUACGGACCCCAUAUCACCCUUUCAAGUCUAGUAUCUUACUAUUAAUUAAUUAUUAUUAAUUAUUAUUAAUUAUUAUUACUAGAGUAUUAUUAUUAUGAAGAUUAUAAAUUCAUUUUAAAGAGAUACAGAGAAAAAUAAACGAUGCUUUUGUCAGUAAAACCAAGUCACGGCACUAGAUUUCAUUUGAUCAUAACCCUUUCCCACGUCUAACGGACGAUCCGGUCGUCUCGCGGUAUCGUUCGUCCUCGUCAACUGAUAACAACGAGUACUCGUCAUGGCCUUGACGAAGUCUCCUCGCUUGACCCUUGCUCUUGUUACUGCUGUUCUCAUCGAUUCGACGCUACUGGAUGCCGUUCAACAAAGAAAAAGACAUCACCUUUUUCGGAUGGACCAUAGAAAAUUAAAAUGCUAAAAUUUUCCGAGAUCUUUUGCCAAAACUGCUUCAUCUCCCUCUUCGUAUCAGGCUCCCCAGCAGCAGCACGGAUGUCGGAUGCACAACCAGUCUCACGCUGAUAUGUCAUUGAGAAAGGUUUAGACACACGUUAACAGCUUCGAAGCAGUUCAAUGGAAGACGAGCGUGGGUGGCAUUUUGGUUUACAUCAUCAAGAAGGCCAAAGAGGAAAAGGACAUGACGAGCGAUACAUAUGUUGACACUUUGGGACUGGUUAGUAACCAGAAGACACCGGGGUGUCAGAUUUACCAAAGGUGAACCGCUCGAAGGAAGUAACGCGCCCAAAUGCUACUUAGAAACAUGCAUAGGUUUGCCUAGUAAAACUGAGGCUGUGCGAUAUUUCUAUAAGUAUUUUGAAUUCUAUUUUAUAUUUUAAUUACUCUACUACCAAAUAAAAAAAUAGCAUUCCAAUUAUAGCAUUAUCAAAUAAACGACUCAUCAUCAAUUGUAUCCACAUCAAGCUUUGGUUAUAUUGAUGCUAAAAUGUCGCUGAAAGUGCUACAAAUAAAUAAAUAAAAAUGCUAUUGUUUGAUAUUCCCUAAGGUUUCAGAGAGCGUUGCCAUUCUUGUAAAGAAUUUCUAAACUCUGCUCUGGGUUGUUUAAUAUUCCACGUCAGGAGAUUCUCUUUCGUAAAACAGAUUUUUGGUUUGCUCUUGGGUACAAGAAUUCAGGAAUUUAAGAGUUUCGUAAUGAUUGUUUAAAUUCAGGAAAAUGCAUAUAUUUAUUUUUGAUGUUAGAGUUUUCACUUGAUUUUUAGAAUUGUAUUGAACCAUUUGCAGCAAUGAUAUUGUGACUGAAGAAUUUGUCGUAAAAAGAGCACUCGUGUAUGUAAUUUUAUUGUGAAGCCUUUCGACUCUGUAGUCAUGGUUAAAUAAAGAAGAUCGAACUCA